AUGGAACGUCUCGAUGACUUCUUGGUCGAAUUGGCCAUCCGAAAUUUACCUCUCAGGGACUUACUGGCCUGUUCGGCCACCUGCAAGCGAUUCAACAGCAUCAUCACCUCUUCCACCAAGAUCCAGCUAUUCCUCCAUCAUCACCUUUUCGGUCGUUCAUCCCCACCUACAACAGAUCGUCUGGAGAAUCCACCAAAAGCUAUAAAAGAUCGUUCGACCACCGAUCAACUGGCUAGACUGCUCAGAACGGAAGAUAAUCUCCUGAAAUUCAAGCCCCAUCUCCGGUCCUACGAGCUACCGGCAAAUCAAUCGAUCUGUACGAUAGAUCAUGGGUAUAUCGUCACUUCCUGUCCUUCAGGCGCAGAAAACGAACCUGAUGCAGAUGGUUUGUAUACUCUGGUCACCAUUUGGACACCGGAUGUUCAAAGCAAAGAAGGGAAAUUGUCUUCAAAAGCGGUAAAAGUGGAUUUCAAGCCUAAUACAGAAUCUAAGACCAGAGCGGUAGAUGUGAUGGACGAUGUGAUAAUUUGCGUUCAAGAGUUGGAUGCUGGUGGAGAUACAGUAUUUAGAGUCAGGGUAUUACACUUGUUCAAUGAGGGAGAAAUCGCAAAACCUUAUGAAUCGGAUGAGAUCACUAGAACGACUCAGGAUAUGGGAUUGGAUAAUGCUCCAAGAGUGAUGAUAGGGAGAGAAGGGCUUUUGGUGGUGGUCACUCCGUUCUCUAUCAAGUGGACAAGAUGGACUGAAGGGAAAGAUUGCACGUGGGGUCAUAUUCAGAAUCCACCUUAUAUUGGGUUCUCGUCAUCGAUCAGAGUAUAUGGAUCUGAUUUAGUAGGAAUUCUAGGUCAAUGUGUUCCUCCAUUGAGCGACAAUCCCUUUGCACCUCCACCUAUACCCAAAGAUCAUCUGCUCAUUUAUCAGCUCGAUGACAACGCUCGCGAGGUUAUCGCCAAGCCGAACUUGAUUAUGCGAAUGCCUUAUGGACGAAACGAGCUCCCAGAGAUCGUUCGAUAUGGUACAGCUCAUGGUGAACCUGAGAACAUUUUAUCCCCCGGUUCAUUGGCACAUUCAAACAAUGGUAGGAGCCUGGUACUUCAAGUCAACAUGAUAUUGUUUGAAGACCCCAUCUAUGGGCAUUUCACGCCACAUGGGUAUCCUCAUUGGAUAACCAUUGAUCUGCCUCUCAUAUGCAUCAAGGAGUUGCUAUCCGUAAUCUCUGACAUCGUCCCAGACUCAAAGCGCAUUGUCAGAUGGUACCGAACUCGACGAGCCAAUCCUCCGGAAUGGACGCUACCCCAUGUCAGACUCAACCGAGGUGAAGGCAAGCCAUGCGACUGCUGUAUACCAGCGAAUGAGGCGUCCGAACCAUUGGGUGAUCAAUCAGUAAUCGCUCCUCAUCUUUGGAAAGAGAAUGCUCUCUUUGGGUAUGACACGGGAUUUAAAGAACUGAAUAGUUGCCCACGGAACUUUGGAAGUCGAUCCGUAACAUAUCUCAGGACAUACAGGGGUUCCACGAAGACCAAUGGUGCUUGGCUGAUAGAACUAGAAUGUAUGGACUUCCGACCUGAACCUCAAUACGCGCCUUUCCCUAAAACCCGCUAUACUCUUGGUGGGUUAGGUAGAACCUUGAAAUUACCCAAAGGACCAAAAGAUACUGGCCGAAUCCGUCCUAGUCAGAUCAGUGCCUCGCCUAGUGUGAAGGAAGACGUUCCUUCAUACACUGUAUAUCGAGGUUAUUGGAAGAUCCUUCCCGCUAAAGGUGAGCUGAAGAAUAUGCUUUUCGAUGGUGAGAAGAUUGCUUUUGAAUAUCUGAAUGGAUCUGUGACAGUCCUCGAUUUCGCAUAG